AUGGAUGAAGCAAUCUAAAUAAAAUAAUAUAUUUUAAAUGAUGGAUUUGAUGAGUAUAAUCAAAAUUAUCAUUUUAGAUUAUCACAACAACAUGUUGAAGAGGAAUCUUUAGAACAUUUAUAUUAAUCCAUAAUGUAAUGCUAACCAACUUAUGAUUACAAUGAUUCUAAUAAAAAUCAAUAUUAGAAAAGAAAGAUCAAUGAUAUGAGGUAUCAUCAUUUUCAUGUUUAUAUCUACUCUAGAUUCUCCUAUCUGGAAGAUAAGAGAAUUUUAGAGUUGGUCAUCUAACUUGGUCCCAAUUUCAAUAAAAUUGUAAAAUAUUUCCCAGGAAAAACUAUGAAUAUGAUCAAAAAUAGAUAUUAUAAAAAGUUAAGAUAUAAUAAGGAAGACUAUUUAAGUGGUAAAGAGUUGACAAAAACUAAUAAUAAGACCAAAAAGAGUAAUUGA